AUGGCUCCUGUAGACAAGUCUCCCAAAACCCUUGAUUUUGCUUCCAAAGCAUUUAGAAAUCUUCAGAAUCGUGAAUUGGGACUGGCCGAUCGAUCGGACUUGGACACCGAUCGAUCAGAAUUUCUCUCGGGCCAGUUCCAGCUUCAAGAACGGGAUCCUUUCUUUCUAUUGUAUUAUCAAAAUGAAAGGUUACUUGACAAGGCCCCAAGAGGGUGCGAUUUGAUAUACGAUUUCCUGAUCGUGUUGAGCAAGCGGUUGACAGAAAUUGAUGUCUCUACUAUCCUGACAGUUUUACAGUGCUGUGGGAUGAAAAUAAAAGUUGAUGAUCCUGCUGCCAUGAUAAAUUUCAUUCAGACCGUUCAGAGUAGGGUGAAUCAGCUGAAGGCAUGCUUUGAAGAAGGGCAGACAAAAAUAAAUGGCAAACGAAUGGAAUUCAUGCUUGAAACCAUUUGUGACAUCAAAAACAACAAGAAAAGGUCUAGGGAGGAUACAGUACAGCACACAAGAAUUAAAAAAUGGUUACAGAAGCUAGUCCUAGUCAACAUUCUUUUGAAGUGGAGCAAAUGGAGCAAGCUGCUUGAUCCCAACAAGAAAGGCCAGUGGUGGUCGUCUGGGAAUAUGGCUGCAAGCAGAAAUAAUAUUGAAGUGGUUGCCAGCACAAUUGACAAAGAGGUUCUCGAAGCUCAGAAAAUGCUUCAGCGUGCUGCGCAGAGGAUGAACACAGAUGCCAGAAGGGCAAUCUUUUGCAUUAUAAUGAGUGGAGAGGACUACAUUGAUGCAUUUGAGAAGCUUCUGAAUCUGGAUUUGCCUGGGAAACAGGACAGGGAAAUCAUGCGGCUCCUUGUAGAGUGCUGUUUACAGGAAAAGGUCUUUAACAAGUAUUACACAGUUUUGGCUUCCAAGUUGUGUGAACAUAAUAAAAACCACAAGUUUACCUUACAGUACUGCGUCUGGGAUCACUUUAAAGAGCUGGAGUCCAUGCAACUUUUAAGAUUAAUGCAUCUAGCAAAGCUUGUAGUAGAAAUGGUUGGCUCUUUCACCCACUCUCUUGCGGUCCUGAAAACCGUAGACUUGAUUGAUCCCAAGAUUCUUACUCCAAAAAGGAUCAUGCAUUUUCGGAUGAUCUUCGAGACCAUCUUUAACUACACUGACAAGCUCAUAUGGACAAACAUAUUCACUCGUGUAGCUGCUGCUCCUGAACUCGAAACUCUUCGUAGUGGGGUUGAGUUUUUUAUCAGGGAAUAUGUUUUGAAAACUAACAAUGCCUUCUCUGGCAAUUUCAAGAUUGCAAAGAAACCACUUACUAAUAUGGAAAGGGUGCUGAUGUGA